UCCAGUGUCGGCGGCGUUGGCUUCUGCCUACAGAAUCCAACAUGGAGUAACCAGAGAUGGGGCUCGUACGGGGCCAUCCUCACCGACAUCAACGCACGAUUUCAAUUACCGCAUUUUAGCAUGGGGCGCGACGGGAUUAAAUCGGUGGAGGUAUUCCAAAGGGAUUUACACUCUCAUAGAUGCGCUCGAAUAAUUGUAGUGAAACGCUGAGAGACUAAAAAGAGAAGCGAGAAAGAACGCAAACAAACAGAAAAAACUGUCAGAACUAGGCAGCUACCGUGUGUGAUCGAGGUGUUGGACGAGGAGGGCAAGACAAAAAUGAAGACACCGCACUAUGUACCCUCGGUGGGAUAUUAUUGUAGGUGAAACGAAAAAAUGACCGAGGAAACACACCCAGACGAUGACAGCUACAUUGUGCGCGUCAAAGCGGUGGUCAUGACCCGGGACGACUCGAGUGGCGGCUGGCUGGCCCAGGACGGUGGAUGCCUCAGCCGUGUGGGCGUGUGCAAGGUGCUGUCGGCCGAGCUGCUGGGUCGAAGCAGCUUCCUCAUCCACGGCGAGCGCCUCAAAGACAAACAGGUGAUUCUGGAAUGCUUCCUGAAGAAGGAUCUAGUGUACACCAAGGCCACGCCCACAUUUCACCACUGGAAAGUGGACAACAAGAAGUGUGGCUUGACGUUCCAGAGCCCUGCCGAUGCGCGCGCCUUUGACCGUGGGGUCAGGAAAGCCAUGGAGGACCUGACGGAAGGAUCUACCACCUCUUCUUCGACCAUCCAGAACGAGGCCGAGUUGGGUGACGACGAUGUUUUCACCAAUGCCACCGACAGCUCGUCCAACUCCUCCCACUCCCAGAAGAAGGAGCCGCCGCAGCUGCAGACCCUGGCUCCGCCCAGCUUCUGCGAGCCGCGCCUGCACCACUGCAUCCUGGGCCACUUCUACGACCAGCACCGACCCUCGGACCACUACUUCCUGGAUCAGGUGGGUGGCUGGGGGACGACGGUGGCGAAGUCGGUUCCCAUGUUCCCACGCCCACGUCAGCUUCCAGGUGGAGGAGGAGGAGAUCGUGCGAAUCGGCCUCGCGGGCGGACCUGGCUGACGGGAGUGCGGGGACUACCGGCACGCCACCGCGCGCGCGACAAGCUCAUCCAGCACCCCGGGGACACCGGCGCAUCGUGCACUUCGCCCAGCGCGGCCGCCCAGCACGCAAGGGACCCCAAGAUAGGCUGCAUGGAGCGACUAGGUGGGGGGCGGCCUUGCGGCGGACACAGGGCGGUGGUACAGCCCAGCCCCGCACCCUCCAGCUCAAGGGCAAGCGGCGGAAGGAAGGCGGCGGCGCUCGCGCUGCGUCUACUGCCGGGACAUGUUCAACCACGAGGAGAACAGGCGUGGGGCGCUGCCGGAGGCGCGGACCCCAUCCAGACGUGCAUCCACCGGGUCAGCUUCAUGUGGUGCGCGGACAGCCUUCUCUACCACUGCAUGUCGGACCCGGAGGGCGACUACUCGGACCCGUGCUCGUGCGACACCAGCGACGAGCGCUUCUGCCUGCGCUGGCUUGCCCUGGUUGGGCUGUCGCUGCUGGCCCCCUGCAUGUGCUGCUACGCCCCCCUGCGCGCCUGCUACCGCUGCGGGGUGGCCUGCCACUGCUGCGGGGGCAAGCACAAAGCCGUGGGCUGAGGGCCCGGAGGUGCCAGCGGAGAGAUAGAGAGAGGGCAGAGUGGAGAGUAGAACAGAGACGCAUGGAAGGGACCGGAAGAGGGUGGCCCGCUAUUCUUUUGUUUUGUGUUUUUUGUUUUCGUUGUUGUUGUGUCUCUCGGCCAAAUUCCAGAUGGGAAAACAAUUGGCUUGUCCCGAUUCUUUUCGAAAUGGAAGUUUCUGUUGGUGGAAAGAAAGGGAAAAAAAUAGUUUCCUAUUGUUUUUUUGUUUUUUUAUUGUUUUUAUAGGGGUACCCUGCCUACGGCUUCAACGUCUUGCAUUACAAAGACUAAAACAAUGAAUAUUCAUUUAUAUAUAAAUAUAUAUAAACAGGUACUUUAUAUUUUUACACUCGUGUUGUAAAGGCUUGAAUAUUUUUCUUUUUCUCAGUGUUUUGUGAGGUCAGUGUGAGCGUUGUUUUCUGAGGGGGGUUCUCACUUUGUGUUCCCCUCGCCAUGGCUCACCACCAAUCACAGAUCAAGCUGGUUCCCGCCUGUAAAGCAGAGGCACUUAAAUCAAGGAUGUGUUCUAAAUGGCACCUUAUUCCUUAUAAAGUGCACUACUUUUGACCAGAGGCCAAUGGGCCCUAGUCAAAUGUAGUGCAAUAUAUAGGUAAUAGUGCCAUGUGGGAUGCAGGCCAACUGUGAUCACAUCUGCCCCUCCACAGCCAAUGAAACAAAAGAAAAGGUAAACGUUUAACCAGUGUCCUCAUUCUGCUCCUUGACUACUCCUGACCUAGCCUGGUCCCAGAUCUGUGCUGUCUUGUCAACUCCUAUGGUUGUCAAUGGCUAUAGGAGUUGGCUAUACAGCCCAAUUAGACCUGGGGCCAGGCUACCCCUGACUAUAAAUAUUUUUUAAACCAAAUUCAACCUAAUCUCAAUUAAUGUCAGUGGAGAGACACCUGGAAAAAAACAUGUAGAAGUACCAUUCUACUGCUCAGUCAAGUUAGACUGAAUGUAUUGUGGAUUCGGCCCAGAACAAACGAAAAAAUGGGUCAGGGGUACUUGAGGAUUGGAUGGGGAAACACUGCUUUAGACACUUAAUCUGUAGGGUUGUGUGUGUGUGUGUGUGUGUGUGUGAGACUUCCUAUGUGCAAAAGUCUGGAAAAUGGAAUGGGCAACAAUGUAUCCCUGAUUGCUAUUGUUGUGACUUCAACUAAAAGCCAAAAUGACAAAAUAAGCUGCAGCAUUUAUAUAGAGUAUCUAAAUUAGUCAUUAAAAAAAGAAAAAAUUAUAUCCUCAAUCAACCGUUUAUUACAGUGGAAGAGGAGAACUCAAGCCUUAGGUGAAUUUUUAUUCAGUUGAUGCUAAUGUUUGACAUGUUUGAUGAUAAUCUUUUGAUAUAGUUUUUAUUUAUUUGCCUUGCUAAAUUUAGACACCAGCCUAAGGGACUUGGGGGUUAAGAGGAAGGGGACGGUCCCAUAGUAAACUAAACACAGCCAAGAGGAGGGUUUUUUGUUACCUUUUGAGAUGGAUGAUGUCGUUGUCCACUCUACAGUGUCAAUGGUGCUUUCUUUUGUGUGUCUUUUCUUUUGUCUUUCAAAAGGAUACUCAACGAGGCUAACUGUCAGGGAAUCACGAUCUGUAGAGUUUUGCUCAACUUUAGCUUGAGAGAAAGACAGUUUUGAUCUGGUUGCUCAUCUAUCCCCACUCCCUUCAAAGGUAUAAGAUUGUGGGUUCUCCAACGAAGGGACCUGCAAGCACACCUGAUUCAACUAAUCACCUAAUCGUGGUCUUCAGUCUGUACCAUUAUUAGCUGAUAUGGGUGCGUUUACUGCAAGGCUGGAACGAAAGGCUGCACACCCAGUAGCUCACCAAGACCAGAGUUGGAGACGAGUGAAGAAAAUCUAUUCUUCUGUAGUCCAAUAACUCCCACUUCCUGGUCUUUUACUCAGUAUUACAUUACAGCCAAUGGCAAGGGAGGAGGCUGAUGUCUGUCAGCCAAUCACAUCAGUCAGGCAGGUGGUGUCAAAAUGUAUACAAAAAUAAAAUGGACGCUACAGCAUGCAUAUACUUUAACAUGUAUGUGUGUAUGUAUUGAAACAAAAACUAGCCUCAAAUUGAAACCAGCCUGUAACCUCACCUCGUGGGAGGAACAUUAAGGUUUGAUCUUUCUCUGUAUGAAGCACAACACUAAUCAGAAAAACCUCAUGAACAAUAUGCGCAAAUUGCUGUGAAGUGUCCGAUCUCGGGUCGCAUCAACGUGGUAGAAAAUACAUCUAAUGCUGUCUAUCCCAGUCAUACAUUAACUAAUCGUCAUAACCAUUCAAGUACCAAGCAAUGUCUGGGGUUAAAUGGGUGACGGUACCAUGGCGUUGCGGGUUCUGUACAAAAGCUCUCGUUGUGUCCAUGUCUUUCUCUUUACUCUCUCUCUGCCUUUCUUCCUUCCUGUUUUCUACCUUGUCCUUGUUUGUCAGCUUUGCAAUACUGUUGCCAUUCAUUGUAGAGAAGAUCCAAGUUUUAUUUUUCUAUCUGUGGUAAAAGAAAAGUUAACCAAAAGCAGUUUGUCUGUUUGGUGCAGUGUCUAAUUCCUGCACACAUUUAACUAUUAAAGGAAAGUGCCUGAAGCAUC